CUUUGUGGCUUUUUACUCUUCCUUGGACUGGAGCAAGUGACUUUAGCAUCUCCUUUAAGUUAUCCUUCAGUACUGAGUUACCACGGGGAUUGCAGCAUAGCCCAAGCAUAUAUUCUCGACUUAAAGGAACAAAUUAAAAAACUCGAGCAAAGUCAGUCGGAAAGAGAAAAUAGUCAACUGAGAAAAACAGUUGAAGAUUUACGGACCACAAUUUCCGAUUUCAUUACGAACACAGUUAAUAGGCAGAAAAUUGAUGAUGAAAAAUUACAGAAACAGGUGGAAGAGAAAACAAAAUCUCAAACUGAGAUAGAGAAUUUGAAAAGAGAAAUAGAAAAACUGAAAGAAAAUGUACACGAUUUCGAACGAAUCUCAGCAAUCGAUAAAGAAGCAAGAAUAGGUGAACGAAUAAGAAAUUCAAAUAAUAAUAUUCAACACAUCUUGAGAGAUAAGAAAGAUGAAAGCGAGAUAGAGGAGGCUACAAAUAGGCAAUUUCAAAUCGUAAUUAUAUUGAAAAUAGAAAAUGAAAUUUUAAAAGAAAGCUUAGCAAAGCAAAAAGCAAGUCUAGAUGAAGCCAACAAUGAACUAGAAACGAAGAAGAAAGAAUUAGAAGAAAGUAAGGAAAAAGAAAAAAAAUUAAGCAAUGAAAUUCAAGAAUUAAAUUCUGAAGUUGCAUCUUUAAAAGAAAAGUUAAAAGAAUCUCAAACUCAGUUGACUGGUUCGAAUCAUUUAGUCGAAGAAAAAUCUUUGCAACUAUUCCAAACUAAUAUAAGCCUAGUUGAGUGCAAGGGAAGAUUACCAAAAACCAGUUGCAAAGGCCUUUCAUCGGGAAUUCAUAUAAUUGAAAUUCCCGGACUUGAUCUGAUUUCUGUUCUUUGCAACGCAGAUCUAGAAGGUGGUGGAUGGAUAGUUAUUCAUAAAAGAUUUGAUGGUAGCGUAGAUUUUAAUAGAAAUUGGACUGAAUAUCGUAAUGGUUUCGGUAAUAUGAAAGGAGAGUUCUUUAUUGGGCUCGAAAAUUUGCAUCACAUCACCAAUUCGCAGACCUAUAGACUGUAUAUCCAUUUAGGAUAUUUUGAUGGAACUUUCCAAUUUGCUAGUUAUAAUAACUUUAAAAUUGGCGACGAAGAAUCCCAAUAUCAGUUGGAAUCGUUGGGGGACUUUGAAGGAACAGCUGAGGAUAAUAUGAGCUCUGACUUAGACGCACUAUUUUCGACAAUUGAUAAUGAUUAUUCCGGUUGUGCUGAGGCUGGGGGCGCCUGGUGGGACAACGAUUGUUAUACGGCCCAACUCAACGGAAAAUAUAAUGACAUUGAGCAACCUAUGAGCUGGGGAGGCGUUGCUCUCAAAUCUGUCCAGAUGUUUAUCCGAGCAUCUGCAACUGCUUAAAAAAACACGAAUAAAUGUCCUAUCAAAGGAAAUCCUUUGAAAGGACAGUCUGCAUUUUUCGUUUGGGUGAUGAGAGAGAAAUCUCAUGAUGCAAGUCAAAUAUUAUUCUUAUUAUCUGCAAUUUUUUGAAAUGAUAUAUAAAAGUAAAAAUUUAAACAUCAACAUAUUAAAAA